AUGAACUACCAAAGGCUGACUAUCCGGAUAGCAUUCGCACAAGGGCUUGUGAAUCCUAUUAUUCCGGGGUUCAAUCCGGACCCGACGAUCAUUAGAGUUGGUCAAGACUUCUUCCUUGCAACUAGCACCUUUGAAUUCUUUCCCGGCGUCCCCAUCUACCACUCGACCGACCUCGUGAAGUGGGACAAUAUUGGUCAUGCACUGUCUCGGCCCUCUCAAUUGAACAUGCGGGGUACCGCCCCGAGUGGAGGUAUCUUUGCGCCAACGCUGAGACACCACGACGGUCUCUUUUACCUGAUUGACACAGUGUUCGAUGUGAUCAACCCUCCUGACAAUGUUACACGGGUUCCCCGGUCAUUCUACGUCACAACCCCGAAUAUCUUCGAUCAGGCUAGCUGGAGCGAACCUACAUAUGUUGACCAGUGGGGAUUCGACCCAGACCUCUUUUUUGAUGAUGACGGGAAAGUGUAUCUCACUUCCACGUUCUCGGAGUUCGUCGAGAAUGGUAACUUUGCAAACUGGAUCACGGAGAUUGACAUCAAGACGGGCGACUCUUUGAGCGACUCCCGAGUCCUCCACACGACAACUACUGAGGGAAGCCACUUGUACAAACUGAAUGGGACAUAUUACAUGGUCACUGCCGAUUCUGGAACUGAGGCCAAUCACAAAGCAAAUGUGUAUCGCUCCCAGACCUUAGAAGGUCCUUGGGAAGGGAACCCGCAUAACCCUGUAUUGUGGAAUGGCGAAGAUAUGUCUCUGCCAGUACUAGCUACGGGCCAUGCAGACAUUGUCGACGACGUCGAUGGCAAUUGGUGGGCUGUUUUCCUUGCGAUUCGACCGCAACAUCCUAGAAACAGUACCGGCUUGCCUCAGCUUGGUCGCGAGACCUUCUUGUGUCCUGUUACAUGGGAUGCUGAUGGAUGGCCCAUCUUCAACAAUAACGAGCCGAUUACUGAGUACAUGCCCGAUGUUCUGUACGACUUGGACCGGCCCAAGGUAUGGCGCGACGAGUUCGAGGGUGAACUCAUCGAUGAAGCCUACUACUACACACGAACACCAUACAAAGGCUUCACAGACUUCGAAUCCAGUCCUGGGAAGCUUCGAAUCAGAGGGAACGUUUACACCCUUAACGAUCGCGAAACUCCAGCAGCACUACUCCGCAAGCAGGUCGACAUCAACACCACCUUCAGUACCGAAGUCAGCUCAUUCAGCCCGGCGUCGUGGAGACAGGAGGCCGGUGCAAGUGUCUAUCUCAGCAUCCACUACCACAAUGAAGUCGCCAUCACUUACUCGAACGACACUGGUAAGCGAUGCAUAGUCACACACACACGGACGGGCCCUGACGCAACGCUCAACACCACCUACAUUGAAGAUGAGGAUGUCGCCAAUGGUGACCCAGUGAAGCUUUCCAUCGAGGCCAAGGAUGUAGGAUAUCGCCUAGGAUACUCUACAGGCGACAAAGCACCAAGUUGGCUUGCGACUGUUGAAAAUCGCUGGCUCCAGUCGUACGUCGAGGGCUGGCAGAACUUUGUCGGGACCCAUUUCGCGAUCUACAGUACUGGAACUAGACUUCCCACUCUAAAUCCCGCGGACUUCGAGUACAUCCAGACGGAACUAAACUAG